AUGCGUCCCCUGACAGACGACGAGACACGUCUCGUCUUCUCAAAGCUCGCUCACUACAUCGGCAACAAUGUCGUCCACCUAGUCGACUCUACAGGCGAGGCCUCCUCUUCCUCUCGCGCACACGAAAACGACGACGAUGAUGCCAGCGAGGGCAAGGGCCAAUUCGUCUUCCGUCUGCACAGGGAUAGGGUGUAUUACGUGGAUGAGAUGGCAAUGAAGCUUGCAGGUGCGGUCAGUAGGGAGAAGCUUUGUAGUCUAGGCACUUGUUUGGGCAAGUUCAGUAAGAGCGGGAAUAAAUUUCGGCUACACAUCACGGCUCUGGACUACCUAUCCACUUACGCAAAGCACAAAGUCUGGAUCAAGCCGAACGGAGAGCUCCCCUUCCUCUACGGCGGCCACGUCGUCAAGGCCCACCUGGGUCGUAUUACGGACGACACGCCCGAGCAUGCGGGCGUCGUGGUGCUGAGCAUGAGUGGGACCCCACUUGGAUUCGGUGUAACGGCGAGGAGUACGGUCGACACAAGGAAGCUGGACCCGACGAGUAUCAUUGUGUUUCAUCAGGCAGACGUGGGAGAAUAUCUGAGAGAUGAAGACACGCUCUUCUAA